AGUCCACUGGCGGAAGGUGAAGAUGGCCGAAGAGUUCGCAAUUGUUCUUACUGCGUACGGCGCGCUGCGUGGCCGCAAGGUCACGGCGAAAGCCGGCAACAGCUACUUCAGCUUCCAGGGCGUUCCGUACGCCAAGCCUCCUGUGGGUCCCCUACGCUUCAAGGUAGCGCAGCCUGUGGAACCAUGGAGUGGCAUACGCAAUGCCCUCAAAGAGGGACCUUGCUGCCCUCAAAUUGAACUGAUCAUGAACCUUCCUUAUCGAGGAAAUGAAGAUUGCCUGUACAUUAACGUCUAUUCGCCUAAGCUACCCUCAACAGGACAAAUUCUGAAUUAUCCUGUUAUGGUGUGGAUCCAUGGGGGUGGUUUUGAAAUGGGAAGUGGGGAUUCAAAUACCUAUGGCCCUGAGUAUCUUGUGAAUGAAAAUGUCGUCAUUGUGACAUUCAACUACAGACUCGGAAUAUUUGGUUUCUUGAAUGUCGAUGAUGGCUCCACGCCGUACAAUGUGGGACUGAAAGACCAAGUGGCUGCAUUGCGAUGGGUCAAAAAGAAUAUAUCCGUUUUUGGAGGAGAUCCCAACAACGUAACCAUAUUUGGAGAAAGUGCGGGUGGAGCCUCUGUGCAUUUUCAUAUGCUUUCACCCGUGUCAAAAGGUCUCUUCCACAAAGCAAUUCUUCAGAGUGGAUGCGCAUUAAAUGAAUGGAAAGCAGCGGCUGAACCUCAAGAAGUGGCAUUCAUAGUCGCCCAGAAACUGGGAUGUGACGCAGCUGACGUCCAAGGACUAGUUUCAUUUUUGAGCUCUGUCUCCGCCCGCGAUCUGGUUGAGAAGUACAACGAAUACAGUGCAUCGCCCGGGGAAAAAGGAAGUUUUCGCCCGAUGCCUGAGAAGCCCAUCCCCGACGAUGAUGUGUUUCUACCGACAGAUGCACGGGAGUUAAUGGAAAACCGACAAUUCUGUCAUGUUCCCGUAAUGAUUGGCUUGAAUUCGAAGGAGACCAUCAUUUUUCUGGACAUGAUGGGUGUUCGUAAAAAUCCAGAAAAUGUAAAGAACUUAAUAGAGCACAUAGGCAUGUUCAUCCCAAAAAGCAUGGGUUUAAACUCUGAACAGAAAGAAAAAGCUGUAAAGGAGUUCUACUUUGGACAGGAAACUAGAAAUGAAAGAUUAGUUGAAGCUUUAAUAAAUUGUACGAGUGAUAUGGCGAUAGCCAGAGGUGUAGAAGAAGCCACAAAAAUAUUAUCUGAAGGAUAUUUUCCUGUCUUUUAUUAUAACUUUAACUUCAGUGGAAAACUUAAUAUUUUUAAACAUUUUGUAAGUGCUACUGAAUUACCAGGAGCUUCUCAUCUAGAUGAACUUGGGUAUCUCUUUGCCACUCCUUUUUUCAAUGUUCCUGAAGUUGCAUCCGAUUCACCUGAAGCUCUAGUUCGUAAGAGAAUGGUCAAGCUGUGGACCAACUUCGCCAAAACAGGAAAUCCGACUCCAAAACUUGAUCCUGAAAUUAACGUGAAGUGGCCUCCAUACAACGUUCAGAACGCGGAGUACCUGAGUAUCACUGACACGCUGAGUAUUCAGAAUCAUUAUAAUAAGGAAAGAAUGGACUUUUUGAAUAAUUUAUAAUACAUCGUGUUUGAAAAUAAAUAUACAUUACCCCUUUUCUCAAAGUCAACCAAACAUGUAUUUUGCCUAUAAACAGUACUGAAAUAGAUGUCAUAAAAUGAAGAAAUUUCUUCAAAAACAAAUAUCACAUCUUAUGAAUUAAUAUUUUUCUCACAAUAGUCGGGAAAUGUUCUAGAAAAGUGUAAUGGUACGGAGCAGAAUGUUGAAAAUGUGCAGUUUACAUUUAAGUGUAAAAUACGAAAUUAAAUAUUAAAUAC